UCGGUGUUGGUGCCACGGAGAGUGCGGGGCGGGCGCCGGCGGUCGCGGCUGACGGAGGGAAGGCGGCGAAUGGGGGGGAAGAAGAAGAGGCGAAAUGAGGCGGUGGUGUCGGCGGCUGCUCGGGUCCAGCGGCCGGAGACGGCUCAGCCAGUUACUAAUGGGAAAACCCAGAACUCUCGGCCAACUGUCGCCAAGCCGGCUACCAAGGAGAAUAAAGUUAAAGCAGGUCCGAAAACAUAUAGUUUUGGUGCAUCCUCCUUAAAUGAACUUAGUGCUGCUGGAAAUUUGGACAGAUCCAUCCUUAAGGUGGUCAUUAAACCUGAUUUGGAAAAAAAAGUUAUUGGAUUGAUCAACCAAUUCAAAACACAGCACAGCAAAUCAGGAACCAUAUCUGGGAGACUCACAGCUAAGAAGCUACAGGAUUUAUAUACGGCUUUGGAAGAGUUUUCAUUUCGGACACAAGACAUUGAAGAAGCUAUGAAAAAUACUGUUGUUUAUGGUGGAGACCUGCAUUCUGCUUUGGAUUGGUUGUGUUUGAAUCUUCCUAAUGAGUCGUUACCUGAUGGAUUCAGUCAGAAACUGCAGGAAGAAGAGAUUAAGAGCAAGCCCAAAUUUCAAAUGCCUGUAAAGUGUGCAACAAACCAUGAAGUAUCUGAGAAAAAGAAGUGCAGUGACAAUCCUCAGCCAAAGACAGCGGAAAGUCAAAGCUCCCGAGUGAGCAUGAAGGAUUGGAUUUUACAAUACGCUGAAGCAGCAGGCAGUGGGAGUGACGAUGAAGAAAUCGAUCAGGAUAACAAAGUACCUGAAAAGGAAGAACACUUUGAUCCAAAUACUCUUUACUUGGAGCUGACAGCAAAACUACUUGAUACCAAAGACCGGGCACUGUUAUUUAAGCAAAAUAAUAACAAACAUGCUCAAAGAGAAGCAGGUGAAAGAAUUAAGGAUCUCCAGCAGGAGAUUAAAGAGUUGGAAAAACAUCCUGCUUUUGAUCCUUCAAUAAAGAUGGCAGAUUUUAAAAAGACUGACAAAAGCUCUACCAAACCUCUUGAUGAAGCACAUGAUGGUGCCCUUAAUUUAAAUUUUCUAGAAGAAUCUGCACAGAAAGUAAAAGAAGAAACAAAACAUGAGCCAAAGGAUGUGCGGAACUUUGACUACUCAUCGCGAAGUUGGACUGGUAAAUCUCCCAAGCAGUUUCUGAUUGACUGGUGUCGGAAAAACAUCCCCACUGGUCCAGCUCCGAACUAUCGUAAAAUCCCUGUGGGUAGAUUCUGGAAGUGUAGUGUAAGAGUAAACAGACAGAAAGAUGGGAUACUAGAAGUAUGUCCCACAAUUCUCACAGAAGAUAGCAUGCAAGCCCAACAUCUGGCAUCUACAUUGGCUCUUUGGCAUUUAGUAAGAGGACAGGCUGUACAUCAGUUGCUUCCACCUACAUAUCGGGAUGUGUGGAUUGAAUGGAGUGAAGCUGAAAAGCAGAAAACUGAGAAAAAAAGGAUAGAAAAAAAUAAGCCACGUGAACAAUUUAUCAGCAGACUGUUAAACACAUUAAAACAGCAGCCAACCACUUGUGUUUCUAUGACAGCAGAGGAUCCAGAAGACUCCUGGGAGAAUUUGAUAACUGAAGAUGACUUCCAAAGCUUAUCUUUUGAUAAACAGAAGCCAGAUAAUUUAGAUUCGGCGAAGACUAUUUUUAAAAAUUUGCAGAGUUCCAGCAAGUUUCAAAAACAUUUAAAAGAUAGACAGUUCCUACCUGUAUUUCAACACAAAAUGCAAAUUAUUGAAACCCUGCGAAAACAUAGAGUAGUAGUUGUGGCAGGUGAAACUGGCAGUGGAAAAAGCACUCAAAUACCUCAGUUCCUGUUGGAAGAUUUACUGUCAAGUGCAAAUCCUAAAUGCAAUAUUGUUUGUACUCAGCCUCGAAGGAUUUCAGCAGUGAGUUUGGCAACAAGAGUUUGCGAGGAGCUUGGUUGUGAAGAUGGCCCUGGAGGAAAAAACUCUCUUUGUGGUUAUCAAAUCAGACUGGAAACAAAAGUUGGAGAAUCAUGUCGACUUCUAUACUGCACCACAGGUGUCUUGCUGCGGAAACUACAACAAGAUGGACUUCUUACCAGUGUGACCCAUGUAAUUGUGGAUGAGGUUCAUGAGAGAAGCGUUCAGUCUGAUUUCCUGUUGAUCAUCUUGAAGGAGAUAAUGCAAAAACGCUCAAAUCUGAACCUGAUUUUGAUGAGUGCAACUGUCGAUAGUGAUAAAUUUGCUAAUUACUUUGGACAUUGCCCUGUUAUCAAUAUUCCUGGAAGAAUUUAUCCAGUGCAGGUUUUACAUUUGGAAGAUGUGAUAGAAGCGACUGGCUAUGUUUUGGAAAAGGAUUCUGAAUAUUAUCAGCCAUUUUCUGAGGAGGAGGAAGAAAUUAAUUUGACUGUUACUGACAAAGGAGGAAGAACAUAUCAGCAUCAGGAAUAUUUUGUUAAAGGGCUCAUACCCAGCCAAAAUUUGACACCUGAGCUUGAACAGUACAGUGUUCGUACCCGUCAUGCUAUUCAAUGCAUGCAUCCAACUAAAAUAAAUGUGGAUCUCAUCUUGGAGCUGAUUAGCCACUUGGAAAGAAGUAGCCAGUACAGAGCAAUUGAUGGUGCGGUAUUAGUAUUCUUACCCGGUCUGGCUCACAUUCAACAUCUUUUUGACCUUUUAACUACAGACAAAAUGUUUCAAGAUAGGAAAAGGUACAAAGUGAUUGCUUUGCACUCUAUCCUUUCAUCACAAGAUCAAGCUGCAGCCUUCACAGUCCCACCACCCGGAGUUCGGAAGAUUGUUUUGGCAACAAAUAUUGCAGAAACAGGAAUCACAAUUCCUGAUGUUGUCUUUGUCAUUGAUGCUGGAAAGACUAAAGAAAACAGGUAUCGUGAAAGUAGCCAAAUGAGCUCAUUGGUGGAGACAUUUAUCAGCAAAGCCAAUGCACUUCAGAGACAGGGUCGAGCUGGUCGUGUCCGAGAGGGAUUCUGUUUUCGUUUGUACACAAAAGCAAGGUAUGACAGUUUCAUAGAUUACUCUGUCCCAGAAAUUUUACGAGUACCCUUGGAAGAGCUUUGCCUUCAUAUCAUGAAAUGCAAUCAUGGAUCUCCGGAAGAUUUUCUUGCCCGAGCUUUGGAUCCACCACAAAUCCAAGUCAUUAGUAAUGCUAUAAACUUGCUGAGGAAAAUUGGAGCUUGUGAAAUCAACAAACCUGAAUUGACUCCAUUAGGGCAACAUCUUGCUGCCCUUCCAGUAAAUGUGAAAAUUGGGAAAAUGUUAAUUUUUGGAGCAAUUUUUAGCUGUUUAGAACCUGUGGCAAUCAUUGCUGCUGCCAUGACUGAAAAAUCUCCCUUUGUUACUCCAGUGAAUGGAAAAGAUGAAGCAAACCUUGCAAAAGCAGCCAUGUCAUUGUCUAAUUCAGAUCAUCUGACUAUUUACAAUGCAUAUUUGGGAUGGAAGAAUGUGCGGAGUGAUGGAUAUCGAGCUGAAAUGGCUUAUUGCAAGAAACACUUCUUGAGCAGGACUGCGCUUCUAACAAUGGAGGAUGUUAAACAAGAACUCAUCAAGCUGAUGGAGGCAGUGGGUUUUGUGUCACCAAGAUCCAGAAGAACUAAGAAUCAAAGCUGCAAUUCAGGGUCCUUGCCAGAAUACAAUAAACAGAGCUUAUCAAAUCAGGAAGUGCCCCUUCUUAAAGCUGUAUUAACAGCAGGACUCUAUGACAAUAUUGGGAAGAUUAUUUAUACUCCAUCAGUAGACAUCGCUGACAAGGUGAUUUGUUCCAUAGAAACUGCACAAGGUAAAGCACAACCACAUCCUUCAUCUAUCAACAGGGAUCUUCAGACCAAUGGCUGGAUUUUGUACCAGGAAAAGGUGAAGUACAGCAAGAUCUAUGUGCGAGAGACCACCCUGAUUUCACCUUUUCCAAUCUUACUUUUUGGUGGUGAGAUUGAGGUGAUGCAUCGUGAAAGGUUACUUUCAGUUGAUGGCUGGAUACAUUUCCAGGCUCCCGUAAGGACAGGGAUCAUUUUUAAAGAGCUGCGAGCCUUAAUUGAUUCAGUGCUGCUGGAGAAACUUGAAGAUCCUAAGAUGUCAAUUGAAAAUGAUGAGAUAAUACAAUUAAUCGUGAAACUGAUCAAGACUGAAAACAGCGAUUGAAGUAAAAUAUGGUUUCCUAAUGCCUUGAUAUAUUUAUGUAAAUAUAAUUUUGCCUGCCUUGAAGUCUAAAUGAUAAAGUGAACAAUGCAGAGUUUUUUUGCUAUUUUAUAACAUGUCCGAUUGUCAAUAAAUGUUCCAAUGAUGAUUUUUGUGGUCUUCUAGUUAUCUUAAUUAUCACUGCUGUCCAAGAUCUGUAGGUUUCAAUCUAAUUAUUGAGUAUCUUAAAUCACAAAUGUCUAUUUAUUUUCUUGCUGUCAAGAUAAAAUCAUCUUUGGUCAAAUGUAGCAUAGCCAUAGUGCUUCAAGCAAAUUUUGUAAUGCUGUUGUAUUUCUUGUAGCAUAACUCCUUCCAGAUUGUCAGAAAAAAUUGUUAACUCAUAAUCAGUAUUCACAUUGAAGAGUGUUGAUUAGAUUUGUUAUAAAUUAUUGUGAAAGUGAACACUGGCUGAGAUUGUUAGUGCACUUUUUUGUUUCCAGGGAGUCUAGAAUGAACCUAACUCUCCUAAUGGAAUGAAAAUCCCUUUCAUCUGUAAUGACUAUUGCUUACUAAGCACAACUACUUCCAAUGCAAUACCAGUAAUUGUUGAAGCUGAAGGAAAUGUGUGUGUGUCCGUGUGUCCGUCUGUCCGUCCGUGUCCCUGAGAAUGAGAUGCAAAGGACACUGGGAUUUAACUUCCAUAUAGCCUUAACAGAGCAAAUGCCAUGUGGUUCAUUAAUUUUCUUUCAAUGUUGGACUUUAAAUAUGUGUUCACAUUGACUUUAUGCAAAUUAAUGUUUACAGAAGGUGAAUGAACUUUGCUGAUUAGAGAGAACAUAGAACAGUACAGGCCCUUUGGCCCACAAUGUUGUGCUGACCCUCAAACCCUGCCUCCCAUAUAACCCCCCCCCCUUAAAUUCUUCCAUAUACCUGUCCAGUAGUCUCUUAAAUUUCACUAGUGUAUCUGCCUCUCCCACGGACUCAGGCAGUGCAUUCCAUGCACCAAGCACUCUCUGAGUAAAAACCUUCCUCUAAUAUCCUCCUUGAACUUCCCACCCCUUACCUUAAAACUAUGUCCUCUUGUAUUGAGUAGUGGUGCCCUGGGGAAGAGGCGCUGGCUAUCCACUCUAUAUAUUCCUCUUAAUAUCUUGUAUACCUCCAUCAUGUCUCCUCUCAUCCCCCUUCUCUCCAGAGAGUAAAGCCCUAGCUCCCUUAAUCUCUGAUCAUAAUCCAUGCUCUCUAAACCAGGCAGCAUCCUGGUAAAUCUCCUAUGUACCCUUUCCAAUGCUUCCACAUCCUUCCUAUAGUGAGGCGACCAGAACUGGACACAGUCCGCCAAGUGCGGCCUAACCAGAGUUUUAGAGAGCUGCAUCAUUACCUCGCGACUCUUAAACUCUAUCCCUCGACUUAUGAAAGCUAACACCCCUUAAGCUUUCUUAACUACCCUAUCUACCUGUGAUGCAACUUUCAGGGAUCUAUGGACAUGCACACCCAGAUCCCUCUGCUCCUCCACACUACCAAAUAUCCUGCCAUUUACUUUGUACUCUGCCUUGGAGUUUGUCCUUCCAAAGUGUACCACCUCACACUUUCCGGGUUGAACUCCAUCUGCCACUUCUCAGCCCACUUCUGCAACCUAUCAAUGUCUCUCUGCAAUCUUUGAUAAUCCUCUACACUAUCUACAACACCACCAAUCUUUGUGUCAUCUGCAAACUUGCCAACCCACCCUUCCACCCCCACAUCCAGGUCGUUAAUUAAAAAUCACGAAAAGUAGAGGUCCCAGAACCGAUCCUUGUGGGACACCACUAGUCACAACCCUCCAAUCUGAAUGUACUCCCUCCACCACGACCCUCUGCCUUCUGCAGGCAAGCCAAUUCUGAAUCCACCUGGCCAAACUUCCCUGGAUCCCAUGCCUUCUGACUUUCUGAAUAAGCCUAAGCAUGGAACCUUGUCAAAUACCUUCCUAAAAUCCAUAUAGAUCACAUCCACUGCACUACCCUCAUCUAUAUGCCUGGUCACCACCUCAAAGAACUCUGUCAGGCUUGUCAGACACGAUCUGCCCUUCACAAAGCCAUGCUGACUGUCCCUGAUCAGACCAUGAUUCUCUAAAUGCCCAUAGAUCCUAUCUCUAAGAAUCUUUUCCAACAGCUUUCCCACCACAGACGUAAGGCUUACUGGUCUAUAAUUACCCAGACUAUACCUACUACCUUUUUUGAACAAGGGGACAACAUUUGCCUCCCUCCAAUCCUCUGGUACCAUCCUCGUAGACAACGAGGACAUAAAGAUCCUAGCCAGAGGCUCAGCAAUCUCUUCUCUCGCCUCGUGGAGCAACCUGGGGAAUAUUCCGUCAGGCCCCGGGGACUUAUCUGUUCUAAUGUAUUUUAACAACUCCAACACCUCCUCUCCCUUAAUAUCCACAUGCUCCAGAACAUCAACCUCACUCAUAUUGUCCUCACAGUCAUCAAGUUCCCUCUCAUUGGUGAGUACCAAAGAGAAGUAUUCAUUGAGGACCUCGCUCAAUUCCACAGUCUCCAGGCACAUCUUCCCACCUUUAUCUCUAAUUGGUCCUACCUUCACUCCUGUCGUCCUUUUGUUCUUCACAUAAUUGAAGAAUGCUUUGGGGUUUUCCUUUACUCUUCUCGCCAAGGCCUUCUCAUGCCCCCUUCUUAAGCUCCUUUCCUGCUACCCUAUAUUCCUCAAUAGACCCGUCUAUUCCUUGCUUCCUAAACCUCAUGUAUGCUGCCUUCUUCCACCUGACUAGAUUUUCCACCUCACUUGUCACCCAUGGUUCCUUCACCCUACCAUUCUUUAUCUUCCUCACCAGGACAAAUUUAUCCCUAACAUCCUGUAAGAGAUCUCUAAAUAUUGACCACAUGUCCAGAGUACAUUUCCCUGCAAAAACAUCAUCCCAAUUCACACCCGCAAGUUCUAGCCUUAUAGCCUCAUAAUUUGCCCUUCCCCAAUUAAAAAUUUUAAAAAGAAGUUUAAGUUCUAAAUAUGAAAAAAAUUCCCCGGAAAGUUUCUGCAUAACAAACUCCAAAAGAGCAGACGAGAAGGAAGCCAUGUUAAAGCAAUCAAAGUAACUGAAAUCUAACAAAGUUUUCUCAAAGAACAAUAAGCAGGAUAAAGGACUGUGGAAGAUAUUACUCAUUAUUUUUUCAUCUUCAACUGAAAUAGCACAGAAAAUGUACUUAAAUUGUGAGGAUUGAAGGUUAAUGCAUAUACUGACAUUUGUGGUGCUGAAGAAAAUGAACAUUUAUGGGAUGAAAAUUUGGCGGGCACUGAUGAAGAUUUUCAAUACUGGAAGCAGACCUACUGGAAAAGGUUCGGCAACACUUACAAAGUGCAUUUGGUCAGCUAUAAUAGUGAAAUCUAAUGUGGAAGAAUAUUUGUACAAGUAUGAAACAACUAUUAGGACCUGACACCAAGUUUACUUGUUUUAUGAGCCUAUCCAGAAACAGAUGUCCUAAAAUAGGUUGUUUAAAUUGAAACUCUCAAAGUUCUGCAUAAUAUAGAAACAUAGAAAACGUACAGCACAAUACAGGCCCUUCAGCCCACAAAGCUGUGCCAAACAUGUCCUGUCCUUAGAAGUUACCUCGGGUUACCCAUGGCCCUCUAUUUUUCUAAGCUCCAUGUACCUAUCCAGGAGUCUCCUAAAAGGCCCUAUCGUUUCGGCCUCCAUCACCAUUGCCAGCAGCCCAUUCCAUGCUCUCACCACUCUGUGUUUUAAAAAAAAAUAAACAACUUACCCCUGACAUCUCCUCUGUAUCUACUUCCAAGCACUUUAAAACUGAGCCCUCUCGUGCUAGCCAUUUCAGCCCUGGGAAAAUGCUCUUUAGUAAAACCCAGAUGAAUCCAGGAUAUAAUACAGGACUGAAUAUGAAACUUUUAAAAUUAUUAAGAAACAAUACUUAACUGCAGUAGAGAACUUAAGCCACAAGCUCCAACUAGAUAUGUGCAGUCAUCAAGCAUAAGUCUGAGGAAUAGGUUUUUCAGCUGAGUUCUCUCCAAAGGCUCCAACACCUUUGAGAUUCUAAUAAAUCUAUGACUUAGUUAAAUCCCACAGUCUACUGGAUGUGAUUAUGUUGAAGUGUUACAUUUAAAUGGCAAGGUUUUAAAAAUGGUUUCUGCAUUUCACACCUGAGGAUGUCACUGAGGACUGGAGUUGAAUCUAAAUGAAUCAGCCUGGGGAAUAAAUAUUGUUCUCAAUAGCAACUCCAGUAUUGUUUCUGAGAACACAUCAAGCAUGGAAGAUGUUUCAUAGAGUUGAUUACCUAUGUAUUUUUGUUGGAGUUUCAAAGUGGAGCACACUGAGAGUCUGGUGUGCCGGUGGUGGAAUAGGAGGAAGGAGAGAACUAUUAUUUGUUGAAACUGCCGUCUAUUUAUGGUGAAUGUGAAAAGUUACACGGUUAAUCUGUUAAUUUGGAUUUCACGACUAUUUGAAUCUGUAUGAUUUACAAAAGUUUUACUCCAAAGUUUAUGGAUUUGUGGCAAAUGUUCUUGGGAAGUUGUAGUUUGGAUGAGUUGCAGGAGUACACUUUGUAGAUGAUACGAACUAUAAUUAUGGUGUGCUGGUGAUGAAGGGUGGAAUCAUUUAAAAUGAUGGUCAUUGGGGGCAUUUCUGUAUUUAGUGACAAUUUGAAUCAAGUGGCAAACUAUAACUCAAAGAUUUAUAGAAGUUUUUAACAUUUUAAGCGUAGUAAGAAUUAAUACUAGGGAAUUUUAGAUUCACUGAGAAUUCAAAUUUUAAGAAAAGUUUGGAACUCUCAGAAAAUGGUGAAUGGUUCCCAAUGCAGCAAAUUAUGCAACAUGAUUCUUGCCAAGCUUAUGCAUAAAUACAAUACCUCUGAAACUUGAUCUCUCAGUUAAAUUAUGUUCUGGGUACUAAUAAUCUGCACACUCAUUUCUCCUUUACAUUGUCAUUCAGGAUAUAUUUUAAUUUAUUUUUAUUUUUCCUAUUUAGCAAGGAACGGCCCCAACGACCCACAAUGCCCAGCAACCCACCUAUUUUAACAGUAGCCUACUCACAGGACAGUUUUUCACAAUAACCAAUUAACCUACUAAGUGUUAUGUCGUUGGACUGUAGGAGCAAAUCAAAGGAAACUCGUGCAGCUCACAGGAAGAAUGUACAACCUCCUUACGGACAGUGCCGGAAUUGAACUAACAGCCCUGAGCUAUAAUAGCAUUGCGCUGAACACUACACUACCAUGUUCUGAAAUGUUUCAAAUUUCCUUGGCAAAUGAAUAAGAACUUUCAAUGAAAUUUGGUUAGUACUGUACACAGUAUAUUUUGAAUGUGUCAAAUUUCAUUUGGAGUUUUCUUGUUGGAACUCAAUGGUGAUUGGUUAGAGUAAGAUAAUUUAACAGUAGGUGGCAGAAUAGCACCAUGUUUAGAUGGACCGUGAAUUUUAGAAUAUAUAUUAUGGUAGCAUGUUUUUCUUGUAUUUGGGGGGAAAUGAUUGAUACGAAUUAAUGUAAAUAGGUGAGUUUGUUGAAUAUUUGUUAUUGCUUCCCUCAACCAUUGCAGUUUAGUAGUUACCAAAAAUAAAUAUUUCAACAAAGUUAUACAAAAUGUCAGCUGGAUUGUUUGUAAUUUCAGGAACAGAUUUUCAAAACUCUAUACAUUUUAAUUUUCGUGUAUCUGCUCUGACUUAAACGCAAGUUUAUUUAAAAAGUAUAAUAAAAGCUGCAUCACUGCUUGGUGAAAACUGUACUAAAGUGGACGGGAAGGCUCUACAACAGGUAGUCAAAACUGCCUAAUGCCUCACCGCCAAUAGUCUGCCUGGAGUCAAGGACAUGUAUACUGCAAGGUGCUGGAAAAGGUCCAGUACAAUCACGAAGGAUCCCACCCACCCUGCUCAUGGGCUGUUGGAGGCUACUUAGCAUCCACACCAGGACCACCAGACUCAAAACAGUUACUUUCCUGAAGCAGUAAGGCUGAACAACACCUCCACCCACUAACUACUUUAUUUCCUGUUAGUUACCUUAUGUACUGCCUCGGACAUAUAAUCAAUUUACGGACAUAUCAAUCUAUUUAUAAAAGCUAUCUUGCAUGUUUAUAUUCAUUGUGUUUUUAAUUAUUAUUGUGUUCUUUUAUUUUUCCUGUUUUUGAGCUGCAUCAGAUCUAAAAUAACCAUCAUUUUAUUUUUCUUUGCACGUGUGUAGAAGAAAUGACAUUAAACAAUCUUGAAAUAUUUUAAAUUGUCAUUUAACCAAAGUGGACUUGGGUUUCAUGUAAUGUUCCAAGGUGUUGUUCUGCCUGUCUCCUGGUCAACAUUUCUCUGUUAAUUAAAGAUCUUAAAGGACAAAGGAAGCUGUGCAUUUUACAUCCAUCUGUUUAUAGUGAAAUUGAAUGAACCACAUUAAAGGAAGGUGAAGUCCCUGAAUGCUACCAUGUAAGAUACUGUAAACAACAGAAAUGCAUUGCAGGGUGAAUGCUAUCAUAUUAUGAUCACUGGCCCUGGAAGGUUCCUUUACCUUUAGUUAUCUAAUCAAUUCCAGUUCAUUGCACAAC